AAAGUUGUCAACCCUGUUAUUUGAAUGACAAUAUAAUCCGUACACAUCUAUGUUCGUCUUUGCACAGACAUACUCCAAAUGCAUUCAUUGUGCCCAAACAAUGCACUUUUACAGUGUGGGUUUAAAUUAUUUUAAAGAUUUACGUCUUUAAGUCAUCAAUGAUUAAUCAAUGAUUGUUAUAAUUAUUACUGAUGAGACUUCUAAGCACUUAUGCAAGUCGCUCUAGCUAAGGGCGUCUGCCAAAUGCAGUUUUACUACGUACAGACAGGUCACAAUGAGUUUAGCUUUCAGCAGAGAACCCCGCAAGACAGCGGGGAAUCGAAUGUCGAAAUUAUUGGAUGCCGAGGAAGAAGAUGAAUUUUACAAAACCACCUACGGUGGAUUCAACGAUGAAUCUGGAGAUGACGAGUACAAGGGCGAUCAAUCCGACACGGAGGAUGAGGUGGACAGUGAUUUCGACAUUGACGAGGGUGACGAGCCGGACAGCGACCAGGAUGAUGACGAGCCCCGCAGGAAGAGGCGUGUUGUCACCAAGGCUUACAGGGAGCCCAUGAACAUAGUGAAGCCCAGACCAAAGAAGACAUCAGAACUGCCCAGAAGGGUUGAGAAGGUCAAGGUGGACACACUUGUCCCACUGGAUUCACUUGAGGACAUUGGUGAAAAUCGGAAGUCUGUCCGGCAGUCGACCACGGAGCAUACUCGGAUGACCUACCUGCGGCUGCAGGAGAGACAGGUGGCCCCGCGCCGUCGCAAGGGGGCCCAUCACGACCGACCGCUCACACAGGAGGAGCUACUAGCCGAGGCAAAGGUCACCGCCGAGAUUAAUCUCCGAUCUCUAGAGAACUAUGAGCGCCUGGUGGCGGACAAGAAGAAGCAGGUGCACAAACGGCGGCCGUUUGAGGGCCCCACCAUCCGCUACCACUCAGUGCUCAUGCCCCUGGUGUCAGACGCCAGCCUGAAGGAGGAAAACGUGGAUGUGGAAGGAUUGGACCAAGACACCCCCCAGCCCCCGGCUACAUUGACUCAGACUCCUUGUGAAGGAACAGUUUUGACCUCCCAGCAGCCUCAAGGGGGCCAGUGCGCACGCACCUUCAUCACCUUCAGCGACGAUGAGUCCUUCGAUUUGGUGUUCCCGAGGUCGCGGGGUCCCCGCCCUCCUGUACGCGAGAUCUGCCCGGUCACCCACAAGCCCGCGCUUUACCGAGACCCCAUCACCGACAUCCCCUACGCCAACACCCGUGCCUUCAAGAUCAUCCGCGAGGCCUACAAGAAAUACGUGGCGGCCCACGGCCUGCCGAAUACCUCGGGGGGCUUUUCGGGGGAUUCCGCGUCCCGGGGUGCCCGGCAGAAGAUAGUCAUCAAGCAGACCAUGUCGGCCACAUAAGCCGGACCUCGGGCUACACUCAUACCUCAGGACUCACGGUUUUAGUUUUCCUGGCUGUUUGGAAGGAGGUCUUUUGUUGUCUAGCCAAUAGAAACAGACAUUUAAAUUAUGUGGCUUGCGAUUGGUGUAAUGUCAUUAGCCACAGAGAAGUGGGGCGGAGUUUCACUCCUGGUUCACUCUGAUACCUUCAGAGUGAGGUCCUCCAAGUGGUUUUUUUUUU